AUGGCUCCUGAAUCGAUCAAGGAAGAGAUGGAGAUACAAGCUUCGACGACGAAAAUGAUGAACUCUUCGCUCAUGGAGGAGCACAAAGUCGAAGAGGAAGAAGACGACGACGAAGGCAGCGAUAUCGACAGAAGAUAUAAAUACGUGCCAGAACCAGAACCGGAGUGGGAUGUGGACAGCUACGAUGGUCGUGAAUACGAGACAGAUCCUGAAGAUCGUCAGUUUUUCUCCGACGAAGACAGUUAUCAAGAAUUUCGUACCCGCAAGCGUCAGGCUAUCGAGAGUAAGGGUUUUCUUCCAGAACCUUUGAGUGGGACUUACCCAAUCCAAGAUCUUGAAGAAGUAGCGUAUCGUAAUAUGACCGCUCGAGAGUUGAAUACAGAUCUUGCUAACUUGUGUGUUAAGAAAUUAAACGAUGAGAAGGGAACGACUGUGGAAUUGGUAGAGAUUGUAAGAGUUAUUGAAUUAGGAGGAGCUACAUGGAAUUCUUAUAUAACGUUUAUGGCUCGUGAGUAUCCCAAUGGACCUCUUGUUGAGUACCAUGCCAAAGUCAUGAGUUAUGUAGGACAGGAGAAACCUCCUUUCCCUAUUCUCUGCAGACCAAGUCCUAAACUCUCUGUUUAG